CAUCCCUGUGCCGUCACACGGCGCCCCCCCACCCCGCGCCAGGCACCGCCUUCCCCGGGGUGGCCUCUCUAGCCGGCCGGAGGAGGGCUCCUCUCCCUGGUCUUAACCCUUCAGUUCCGAGCGGGCUGCGCUGCGUCCCAGGGCAGACGAAGGAAGGCAGCGCGCUGGCGUCUGGACGGCGGGAACCGGCUCCGGAGCAAGAACGCGCGCGUGAGAGGUGUAGCGGUCACUCUGGCCCAGAUCUGCAGAAUCUAUGACGUGAACCCAGUGACAGGUGACCUCGGGUCGGUGCCGCUUCUGGUUUGGGGGAUGCCCCGGUGCAAGUCACAGAGUGUGUGAUUCCUGGCUGUUCUUGCGUGCCAUUGGAGGCUCUCCGUGCGUGACCUGCUCCCACCUCGUCUCUCCACAGUCCUGUCCCUCUGCUUCAGGUCCCAGAGCUGUCACUCACGCUGGCUUCCAACAUGGACCCUGCCAAUGAACUCUGUCUCCUUAAGCCUCAAAUUCCUCAUUGGUAAAAUGACAAUAACUCUACCUACUUCAGAGGGAAACCUACGUGAGAUGAGGGAUGUAAAACACCUAGCUCACAUUCCCUGGCACGUGGAAGGUACUAAAUGCACAUACGCUGUUUUCUGUCACGCUGGUUUAAAUACAAAUUACUGGGCAUGUGAUAUUGUGGUUCCCUGGAAAAUGUUUUUUGGACCACUGAAGUUGUGGUAUAUUGUGGGUGUACUAGGGUUUUUUCCAGAGGAAAAGAACCCAUAGGAUAUCUGUACAUCUAUACAACUCUCUCUCCCUCUCUCUGUCUCUAUCUCUCCAGAGGUUGAUUUAUUUAAAGGAGGCGGCUCAUGGGAUUGCGGUUACUGACAAGUCGGAAAUCCAGAGGGCAGGUCGCACGGCUGGAAAUUCAAUCCGGCCACACACCCUCCUCGCUACCUUCUGGAUCGCUGAGAACCUCCAGCUGCAGCUUCUUGCCCAGACCCGAGGCCCGAGCGGAGCGUCCAGCUCAGACGAGACCUCCAUGGAUCCACUCCAGAAAUGGAAUCCGGUGAUGAUCUCGGGAUCUUCCCGGAUGCCGGCGGCAGAGACUUCGCAGGCGGGCCCAGCAGCCCCUCGGCCUUCCUGCUCGGAGCAGCUGACGGGGGCCCUGGGAAACCCACGCCCCGGCCCUGGCACCAGCCACCCUGCGCCCCUGCCAGAGGGGCUGCUCCAGCAGCGGUACCGGGAGGAGAAGACCCUGCCAGAGAGGCGGUGGGAGAAGCUGGCGCUCCCGCAGAAGAAGAAAGCAAUCCUGGGCCACCUGAGGCGCAGACACCGGGAUCACAUGGCACCUUACCCGGCUGAGCGGGAACCCAGGCUCGUUCCGUCAGGGAGCAGGGAUCAGAAUCGAUUCCGAUGCGAGUGUCGAUACUGCCAGAGCCACAGGCCCACUCUUGCCGGGAUCCCUGGGGAGAGGAGCGGGGCCCCUCCCGCGUCCUCCUGGGAGGCGCUGGUGCAGGGCCUCAGCGGCCUGACCCUCAGCCUGGGCGGCAGCCAGCCCGGCCUCCUGCCCGGAGGGGCGCUCCAGCAGCAGGAGAGGGAGGAGAAGCGCCAGCUGGAGAGGCAGCAGGAGAGCAAGAGAGUGUUCCAGAGGCUGCUCAAACAGUGGUUAGAGGAAAACUGAGGCACUGCCGGUCACGCGACGCAGGUCGGAAGGGAUUCAGACGUAGACGCGGUGUUGCCGGCUCCGGGGCGGGGGCCAGACAGUGAGCUCUGGUCGGGGGACUGCCGAGGCCUGUGCCAUCACCGCAGUCCUCCCAGUAUGACCUUGGAAGGAAGGUCCUGCUCGCUCGUGCCUGUCAUUCCUGGAUCGCUGCGAGGCGUUCUGUGGCAACGGGGACUGCGUACCAAUGGUCCUCACCUCAUCUCGUGUGGCUUCCGUGGUGCAUGUUGUCACUUUGCCACCCCGGAUCUCCGUCUUUGCUCCCUACCUUGCUGUCAGUAAGAGAUAAAAUGUCUGUGUAGUGUCAAUGCCGUGUUGCUGUCCCUGUGCUUUUGUGCCAUUUAACUGACUGCCUCUGAGAAGCAGCGCUGGGUCUGUUGAAAUGCAACGCGCCACCCUGAGGUCCAGUUUCAAGAACCGCAGGCUAAACAAAGUGUGGGGAAGGGACGUGGAAUGAGACCUUGGUGGCUCCCCAUUGUACUGUGUGUGUAAGCUAUUCUGAAUAUGAUAAGCUAAAUGUAAGUAAACGUUUCCCUGCUCCUUAACAGUCGCGUUGUAUUCCCCGUCGCGGGAGUUCCGAUGGGGCACCUCAUCAUCAAUACCAAAUAAAUGUACGUGUGAAAGAAAGUAA